CCAAUAGAAUAAAACUAUACAUAAUGUUUGCGGAAUCCCAAAGAUGGCGGCCCCCAUGAUCAUCACGCGAGUAAUACAACUCGGGUCGAAGAACUCGAUUUUAAACAUAACGGAAAGACUAACAAGAAUAUGUACCUGUGCAGUCCCGAGACGGACAUAUUACGACUAUGAUUAUGACCACGAUGUACCCAAGGACCUCCAAGAUUUUGUCAACAAGUGGAGCAGGGUCAAGAACACCCUGGGGCCAAGCCCGCUGAAGGAUGGUCCCUGGCCUCGCGAGGAGUGGGUACCAGGCCAGUCCAAGAGGUGCGGCCUGCUGGCAGUCAAGCUUGGCAUGGUGCCAAUGUGGACCAAAUCGGGCAAGCGCCUGGCGGCUACUGCACUUCAGGUUCUGGAGAACAACGUUGUCCGAUACGUUGCCCCUGAAGACAACACACUCAACCCAAAAUAUGGACGUCUUAUAGUUGGUGCCAGAAAUGCAGAUCCAUUAAAGAAGCCCUUGUUGUACUCUGAGCAGUUCAAAGAGGUUGGGUUACCAGUGAAGGACAAACUGACCAACUUCAAAGUGACAGCCAACGCUAAGAUCCAACCAGGAUCACCACUGUACGCUGCUCAUUUCAGGCCGGGCAUGUACGUUGACUGCUGUGGCAGAACAAUUGACAAAGGUUUCCAGGGUGUGAUGAAACGCUGGGGGAUGAAGGGCCAACCGGCCAGCCACGGAGCCACUAAGACACACCGAAAGAUGGGGGCAUCAGGGGGAGGAGGGAGUCCGGGAAGAAUUUGGCCUGGCAAGAAGAUGCCGGGUCACAUGGGCAACAAAAUGAGCUGGACGGUCGGACUUAAGGUCUGGCGAGUCGACACAAAGCACAACAUCCUUUACGUCGCCGGCUCCGUCGCCGGACGCAAGUACGGUUACAUCAAGGUCAUAGACAGCGUACUGCCCAAGAACAAGAAAGUCAAGGCCCCACCGCCGUUUCCCACGUUCUACGAGGACGAGGAACUCGAGGAAGAACUGUACGACGACGACAUGUUCAACUUCAGCGAUGCGAGUAUCGAGUACCCAGAGGAUGAGGCAGAAAGUUGAGGGUUACGGAUUGUGACUUGUUUGGAAAACCAGAACUAUGAAAGUUUGGAAAAUUAUGGAUUUUUGCAUCAGGAUGAUGACAUUUCAUGGAGAAGGAUUUUCCUUGCACACAAGUGGAGUUAUUUGAACUGCAUGCUCAGUGUUGAGUAAAAGGCCAGUUCAUACUGUGAACAUUUUUAAAACGGAAAAUUUGUACAUCAAAAAUAAUACCAUAAUAGUUGACCUUAUUAAAGUCACCUCGUUUUUGCUUCAAUUGAGAACUCAAAGGCUUCAUGAAAGCAUAGAACACACAGUGCUGGUAAUCAACGCUAUGGGCUCCUUGCACAAGUACUCCAUCAACGGCCAGAAAAGGAGAGUUGGGGGAGACCUAGACUGGUUCCCGAUCCAUCCACUGCGUAUUUCGAAUGUAUCCAAAGUUAUUGGAGGCGGGUUUUAGUCUCCGAGACCAUCGCAAGUUGAAUUCCAAUGUAUUCUCGCGCCAGCGACGCCCGACGCUCAUGCAAAGACGUGGUCGCUAUAGCUUUGGCACGUUCAAAAAGUUAUGCAUACUUCACGUGCAAACCGGUACAGUACAGAACGCUCACCCUGUGUGUCCCGUCCAGGGAGUUCUCAAAAGAGUUAAAAAAGCGCCCUCAUUGGUUGGCAUACGGAGCCCAUACCAGUGGUUUGUAAUGUUUGUGGAGAUGACAAUUUUGGAAGUAGUUUCGGAGUUGUGUGUACAUUCUUUAACCCUAAAAUUGCUAGCAUCCACUGGAAACCCUUCAAGCAUCUACCACUAUCUGACUGUAACCCUCCCUAUCCGGCUGGCCAAUUCAACAAAGCCAUUCCAGUAGCCAAAAUCAAUCAAGUGACUGUUUCAACAGUUAAGAGCUCCCUGUUUACAACAAAACAGGAUUGACUGGCUGUGACUGUUUAUGCAACUUGAUACAGCUUUGCCUUGACUUUUGGAGAUUGAUAAUCCAGCUGUACAUGUACCUUCCAGUUACCUGCUUUUGUCUGUUGAUGGUUUUUUUUAUUCUAGUCGCAUUGUUUACAAGAAAUGUGAUCCGACUGUUGGUGACUAGAGCCCGUGUAUAAAGACACAGCAGGGGAACAGGAUUGAUUUUUAAGACUGUCUGUGACUGUUCAGAAAGCAGGAGGGUUUACGCAAAACUGACACAUUGCGGGCGUACAUGUAUGCUCGGGUAUGCAAAUGAAAUGAAGUGCGCCCAACCAAUUUCUAUAUGCCCAAGUACCCCCUCGCUUGGUUCAAUUGAGUUAGGAGGGACUCGUAAACAAUGACGAUAAGGGUCUGUGUCCAUUCAGAAUAAGAUUAAUUGUACACACAUGUCCCCCUCACCAACAGAAAUUCGGUUGAGUGGUAGCGCAUUGCUAUAUCCUCAUUACUCAUCUCUCAAAGCACUGGUAGUACUCUGAAGUAUGUAUUUGAGACGGUCUUCAAAUCCAUCUGUGUGAUGACAAUACAGGACUUCACAAAGCCCGCCUCACCCAGACCUUCCUGAAUGAAGAUGGCUUGGCCUUGAUGCAACACCCACCCUACUCACCAUGCAGACCUAGCACCAUGCAACAUCUGGUUGCUUCCUAGGAUUGAUUUUUAACCUGUUAACCAGUCGACGCCGGGACUAUUUUGACAAGAAUGGAACGAGGCGCAAGAUUAUUUUUCACUCGACCUCAAGCCAGGCGGGUUGAAGCCAUCACCCUCGGGCAGCGCACUUAUAUUUCUGGCCUUGCUCGCUAUGAGUGGGUCGCUCCCUCUUUUAACUAUUAUCUGUCAUCCGUUCCAAAUACCCCAAAAGCUUUGCGUGGGUACACGUCAUCUGGCGCGAAUUGGUUAAUAUGAAAAAUACAAGAUCAUAAUUACAUUGUAUUUCACAAAAUGUUUUUUUUUCUAACUCAGUGGUCUGAUUAAUGGUUAUAUGAUAAAUGAGUUCCAUACUUUUUCAUUGUCCACAUGAAUAGAAUAUUAUUAUUGUUUUUAGAUUAAAACGGACAAAGUAUUUCAGAGGCAACAAGUGAACAUGAUCAUUUGGUCAGUAA